CGGUCCUGCUCACAACUAACUCACCUUUAGUCAGUGUGGACAUCCCGCUGCUGCUGUGCCGCCCCCCCCCCACACACACACACAUACACACAAACACACACACUCACACCUGCCAUCAUGUGCCUUUCCCUGCUUCUCCCGCUGCUGAAUCUCUGGGGAGCUGCCCACUGUGUGGUCUUUCAAGCAAGCAUAAACAUGGCAGGGAUGACUGGACAGGUGACAUUUGACUCCAGUCUGGGGACGGCCACCUUAAACCUCACAGGAGCUCAGAGUCCCAUGAACAUUUCCCUCGCCGAGUUUCCUGUGAUGUACGGGCAUUUUCUCAGUCCGUGCCGGGAAGCAAGUGUUGGCCCCAAGGUCUUCACAUUCGCUGCUGACGGGCCGCAAGCCACGGUCGACGUAUCCGACUUAUUCCGGCAAAGGCCCAGCCUCGAUGACCUCUCGCUGGUGGUGGAGAUGGCCAACGGGAUGACAGCUUGUGGCAAUGUUCGCCAGAACGUCAGCACCAGGACAUGGCAGGCCAGGUUCUUCCACCCCGUGGCAGGAGAUGUGUACAUCCGCCAAAAUGUAGGCGAGAACGCCACCAGAGUGCUCUCCGGCCUCAUAACGCUCCGCGGCACAGUCGUGGUGGCUAAUGUCACUGUGUACGUCUCCCAAAGCUCUUCCCCGACCUGCAAGGCCCUCAUAAACAACCUGAAGCCAUCCGAUUUGUCGCUGCUGGGAGACCUAGCAGUGGGGUCCCCCGUCAAGCCUGUGAGGUGUUGCAGGGAUGUUCAAGAUUUCAUUGGGGAGGGACAUUUUUUACUCCUCAAAGUCGAAGAGACUUACACUUGCAGCAAGAUCAGAGAAAUGGAAGAAAAGGUUGUGCACGCUCUCAUAGACAUGAAAGGAACCAAGGGCACGUUUACGUUUAGUCAGGUAUCUCCAUUUGAUGUCACAGAAGUCAGGGUUAAUCUGAUGAACACGAAGAACCUGACGAGAACCUACCAUGUGCAUCAGUUCCCCAUGCCAGAAAGCAGGUCUACUGAAGAGGAUGUUUGUAGCCAUGACAACGUGGGUGAUCACUGGAACCCACACAAGGUAACCGUUAGUGAUCCCGCUUAUCCCCAUGGUCCAGGGGCCACCCAUGAUAUGUAUGAGGUCGGGGACCUCAGUGGGAGACACGGGUCCUUGGAUAACAUCAGCGAUGUCGAGCAGUUCUUCAGUGACUGGAACCUGCCCCUCUUUGGAACCAACAGCAUAGUGGGUCGGUCUGUGGUGAUCCACCAGUCCAAUGGUGCAAGGCUUCUUUGUGGUACCAUUGGCUACCCGGGAGAGGUGAUGGUGUUAAAAUCUGUGUUCAGAAACCCUGUGGUGGGAACCAUUUAUUUCACCCAACUGAAGAGUAACAAGUACACUGAUGUGUCAAUUUUCAUGGAUCUCAGUUACGGCAAUUCAUCCGCUCCAGUCAGCAAUGGGCAUAACUGGCACAUCCACCAGUGGCCCAUCAGCACCGAGACAGACAGUAAUGAGAGCAGCUGUGGGAGCACUGGGAAUCACUGGAACCCAUUCAAGAUCAACAUCAGCGACAGCAGCUAUACCACUGACUGCAGGCCAGACAAUCCUUUUGCUUGCGAGAUCGGUGACCUGACUGGCAAAAAUCAGCCGAUCAGCAUCACCCCCGUUGUGGGCAAAUUCCGGACAAAGUACUUUGUUACCGACACGACUUCCUGGACGGUGGGAGCAGACUCUAUGAUCGGGAGGUCAGUGGUGAUCCACGAAACUGAGGGCAAUGCCGCCCGGCUAGCCUGCGCCAACAUCACGGCCGUUCACCUGGUCAAAGCGCAGUCGGGCACUUGGUUUGGGUCUGGCACGUCUGAGGGUCAUGUCCAAUUCUCCCAGGACUUCCCGGGCCUAACAACCAUCAAUGUGUCGCUGUCAAACCUGAACUGGAUGGCUGGGGGUUACCACGUCCACAAACUGCCCAUCAAUAGUACGGUGAAUCCGUGUUCAGAUAGGAACAUCAUGGGUCAUUUCAAUCCCCUGGCCGUCAAUCAGUCCUCUUCCCCUCCCCCCGGCAAUGGCACCGUGGACCAGUAUGAGAUCGGAGACAUUAGUGGAAAGUUUGGGCUGCUGAUCGAUCAGGACCAGAGUCAAAACCAAUAUCAAGACUGCAACAUGCCGCUGACUGGACCGAACAGCAUCGUUGGACGGUCAUUGGUCAUUCACUACCUUAAUGGAUCCAGAAUGCAGUGUGCUAACAUUGUUGCGGAUAACAGUUCUGAUGGAUUCUGGGUAAAAGCGAAGGUCGUCUUCGGAGGUGCUGUGACAGGAACCAUCAAGCUGUCCCAGCAGGCAUUUAAAGACGGGAGCCAUGGUGACAGCCUACUGGAGGUGGACAUACAUGCGGCCCAGGAGAUGAAUGUCACUGAGGUUUCCUGGUCCAUACACAGCCACCGUACAGGAGAGGAUAUCCAGGAGUGUUCGGACGUGGGCGACCAGUUCAAUCCUUUCAACAUAAGCUCAGAGAGCGCUAGCUGCUCUGCCAGGCACCCUCUGCACUGCGAGGUGGGAGAUCUGACCAACAAACACGGCCCGGUGGACCUGACCAUCAGGCAGCUGUUUACGGACGCCAAUCUGCAGCUCACCGGAGAUUUUACAGUCAUGUACAGGUCAGUUGUCCUCUGGAGUGGAAAUGGGAUCCUGUCCUGUGCAGAUAUCCUGCCAUUUUCUCCAUCGGCGACUCUGAUCUUUCCCAAAGUGACCUCCUUUAGCAGGUUCGACUUCCGCAGCCGAGUGGCGGCCGUCCUCGAUGUGGACCUGUGGAGGGUCACCAUCUUGCCCGACGAGCUGUCACCUGUUCCCGGGAGCACGUGUCAGCAAGUCACCUUUCUGGUGUCAGGGGACGUAAACAAAGAGGUGCUGAACUCUGUCAAAGACAACGAGAAGAUGGGGCCAUUCAAACAAUCCCAAGCGUGCCCCAAAAGUGGAAGUUCUGGACGGCCUGAGAUCAACGGAAGACUUCUGAUGCUCAUAAUUACAGCACAUAUCAUUCUGUGCCUGCUGCAGUAGACAGUACUGCACUCCUGAUGGCUUCCUUAUGUUCAGAUGGCAGAAGCCAGUUUUUGAUUCGCUCCCGAUAGCGACGGCAUCCACGGCUGUAUCAGGGCCCGAACCUGAAAGAAGUGCGAUCUUUUUGGUGGUGUCUUGACCAUAACCUGGAACAAAUUAAUGUCUAGUCAUUGAACGGGUGUAAAUAUUAUUAUUAUAAAUAUUCAUGAUCUACCUGAGGAAAUGUGUAUAUAUAUAUAUGAAUGUGAAUCGUAAAAUACUGCACACAUAGGAUGUUUGUCUUUAAAAAAGAAUAUUAAAGUGAUACACUUGUUGGAGCUUGUCAGAAUUCAAAACAUCCACCCUGCUCUGGUAGCUUUGAGAAAUUUAUGAAAAUGGUCCAUUUACUGAACUUUGUCUGUGUCACUCAGACGCUCAAGCAUUUGAUAUUUUUUUUGCAAUAUUUUAAUUCUGAAUGACAGUUAAAUACAAUAUUGAUACAGUGUAGGCCUGUUGUGGGCGACAGUUUUCCUUAUAUUAUGCAGUUAUUGACCACAUUUCAUUUUAAUGGAUCAUUCAUGUAACAGAUGACUAAAUAACUGUAAAGAUGUUUAUGUAGUCUGUUAAGAGGUGUGGACAUUAUGUUUUAAGAUGUUUGCUUAGUACAUUUUCUAAGUGUUUACCAGUUGAUAACUGUGUGUUUUGAAAGUUUCGAUUAUGCGAAGGUUUUUUGUUGUGUAAUUUUCUUUCGCCACUAAAUGAGAAUCAACUGAA